AUGAUCAAAGAAAAGAGCAUUUCUGCUGAGGUUUUCAUGAAGGGUAGUAACUUCAUGAAAUGGUGGCAACAAUACAGAGAUCUUCGAUCCCAAUCCCACCAGUGGCAGUCAAGCUCUUCCUUGUUCAGCUUCGUGGCAGAUGUACGCCAGCGCCCGUACCACAGAGUACCUCGUACCUGUCUGUCAGCGGCUGCCUCGCUCCGUGCCUUCCGUCGGCGCCUCCCCAGCAGCGCCGCUGCCGUCCUUGCUCCUUCCGGCACCACGUCCAUCUCCUCCGCCGCAGUGCGCGCCUCCCCGAAGGUCUCCGCAGCUCCGCCCGAGCUCCCUCCUUCAGCACCACCUCCCGACCGCUCCCGGCAUCUCCACCUGCGAGCGGCCCUCCGCGUCACUAUCUACGCCGCCUCCUCCGCUGCGGCCGCCGGCACCUCCCCCGCAGCGUCGCUUCGGACUCCGGCCGCCUCCGCCCACCCCGGCUCCGGCUUCCUUCCGCCCGGCAACUACAGCUCCGCUGCCGGGCUCCGCCACGUCACCGACGCCGCUCCAACCCUCGGUCUCCGGGAACCGCCACGCAGACCGCCACCCGGAUCCCACGUCAGCACAGUCAGCCGAAAACCGUACGACGCGUCAAUCGUACGGACUGCCAUGCCAGCAGCUCAGUCACCUCUACCACAUCAUCAUCCGUACAGUACGGAAUAUCCAGUCAGCUGUCCACGUAAUCCGUCCGUACGGAGAGCUUGA